UUUUUGUACAAUUUUAUGCAGUUUUAACUGUAUAUGAAAGAGAAAAAUAACUUUGAUGAACUACUUGUGUUUGAUUCAGGGUAUCAGAUACUCAGACCCAUCAAAUUGCUGCUAGAAAGGAGAGACAGAUGGAGACGUUAAGGGCUGCUCUUGGGAUUGUAAAAGUUGAUCAAACUUCUUUACUCCAGGAAGAAAGGAAACUGGUCACUUCGUUGGAAUCUGAUGCUGCACUAAGUGAAGGGGAGAUACCAAAAGAAGACUUGAUAGAGAAACAUGAACCUAGCAAACAUGAGAAAGAUGUUCCUAAGAAAGCUGAUAAAAAGCUGGGAAAAGAUACCAGUAGCAGAAGGUAUGAUAAUGAGAAGUCAAGACACCGUGGAAAGGAAGAUAAUCGAAAGAGAGGGUAUACGGAUGGUUCUUCUGAUACUGAUGAUAACUCAAAGCAUGGAAAAGGUCUGAGGAAGAAACAUCAAGAAAGUAGGCAGGACAGUGAUUCUGAGACUGUUUAUGAUAAGCGCAAAGAAAAGAUGUCAAACGUUAAGAAAAGUUCCCGGCAUGAUAGUGAUGAUUCUAGUUCUGAAAGCGAUGAUGUUGGCGAAAGAACUAGCAAAACGAAAACAGAAGAGAAGAAAUUUGCUAAAACUCAUCAAAGUCGUGAUUUGAAUGAGGAUGCAAAGAGACACAAAAAUCAAGUUGCAAAGCACAGCAGGAGACAUGACUCAGAGGAUGAAUGUGAUUCUGAUAAGGGACGGAAACAUGGUAGUGAAACAUUGAGGAAAAGUCAGAGAAGCAGAAGACAUGAUUCUGACGAUGAAAGCUCUGAUUCUGAUAGAGGGAGGAAGAAUGCUAAAGAUCAGGUGAAGAAGCAUAAGACCACAAAAAGAGAAGAUACACCAACUGAUAUCAGCGAGAGCAGUGACAGUGGCAGCAGGAGCACAGAUGCCUCUAGCAGAAGGAACAGUGAUAGUGACUCAGGCAGCAGUAGUGAUGAUGAUCGCGCUGGAAAAUCUGGU